UUGUCCCGGCGGUCCUUGGGGUGGCGCCGGUGCUGGAGAGGUUUCUCGUUCUGGAGGUGCUGGUUCUGGGGUGUUAGUCCUGGGGUUAUUAUCGUGGCUCGUCCCGGCGGUCCUGGGGGUGGCACCGGUGUUGGAGAUGGUUCUCGCUCUGGGGGUGUUGGCGUGGAGUGUCCCGGAGGUAGCCGUGGUGCAGUAGGAGGUCCUGGUGUCGACGUGGAGGAGCAACAACAGCAGUCGCCGCCGGUGUUCGCCCUUCGCCUCCUCGGUCUUCCCUUCCCUGACCGCCCACCUGUGCCUCCCCCGCCUGUCUAUGGUCCUGUGUUUCCUCCGCCCGACUCGUCUCCGGCUUGUUUUCCCCCGCGUAGUACAUUGGCCUCCAGUGCCAACACAGCUGAUAUCUUUUCGAAGGCGCUUGCGCCUAAAGAUCAUCAGCGGCACUGUGUACAGCUUGGUCUAGUUCCUGUAGCUUCUCACUUGCUAGGACCUUGAUUGUGUACCUCUUCUUAUAUUAUCUUGACUGGCCUUGUGGCUCUUGUUCCAGUGGCUGGACUAGUAGUGCCGCCUUGGAUUACUCUUGUUUAGUUUGUACUCUUGCUGACUGGUCCUUGGACCCUUUGCCUCAGAGGUUGGACUAGUAGUGCCACCCUGAACUGCGUGUCUCUUACCAAG